GACGUUUUAAAAUAUGUCUGUGUUAUCGGUGAUCGAGGGAAUUGUAUACGAAGUUAUGAAGUUUCUGAAAUCAGGAAAUAUAAAUGAGGCUAAGGAAUCGUAUGUUUUAGUGUUUCACAUUUGUAGACACUUUUUGGAGCUAUUAGUAAAGAAGCCAGAAGAAUUUACACGCCUGAUGGUUAUUUUAAAAAUGGCCCAUGAAGCUGUACGAGAGGACAAAUUCAUAACAAAACGAUCUAUAUAUUACUCAAAUCCCAUUUUAUUCAAACGACAAUCCAUUAUAGACCCAUUAUUAUCAAAGAUUUGUAAGGAGCUUAGUCUCCCUCGGUGCGCUCUUAAAAUAAACGCCUCUUCCAAAUUGAUUGUUUAUGGUGAUAUUUAUCUAGGGAUUGGGUAUGAAAGCGACGUCGUUAAAAGAAAUAAUUUGGGUAUACCUGAAAGUUUGUUUAAAAGUGGAUAUGAGGUUAUUAUGUCAGAAUGUUUGCCUCAAUUUAUUUUGAUAAUUGAGAAAGAUACGAUUUUUCGGAAACUUUUAAGUGAGAAGUUCUAUGAAAAAUUCAAACCUUGUUUAUUGGUUACGGCUAAAGGUUAUCCAGACUUGAUAACUCGCCAAUUUCUUGCUCAAAUAAACUGCAUCCAUCCAAAUAUUCCAAUGAUUGGACUUUUUGAUGCUGAUCCUCAUGGUAUAAAUGUAUUCUGUACUUACAAGUACGGCACUACGAAUCCUAUGAUGCAAAAUGAAAAUGGUAGUCCAAUAAAAAUAUCCAAUCUUCAACUAUGUGGACUAUUACCAAGUGAAUUAUCAUUGUAAGUUAUCCAUUUACAAAUUAUUCAAUUAAUUAUCAGUCUUCAAAUCAAAG